AUGACUCCUCCUCGAAAGGCCGUCGUCGUUGGCAUCAGCGGCUGUUCAUCAAGUGGCAAAACUACUCUCAGUCGUUUGCUUCGAGAUAUCUUCCCGAAUACUUUUGUUCUCCACGAAGAUGACUUCUAUAAGCCCGAAACAGAACUACCAACCAAGCACGGUCUCCUGGACUGGGACUGCGCAGAGGCCCUCUCCAUCCCCGACAUCGUCAAAUCCCUCCAGCACAUCCAUGCCGAAGGAACCUUCCCACCCGACCUAGACUCCAAGGAAGAUCGAAAUUCCGUCGGCGAGUGUCCUGUUUCCGACGCGACGAUCGCCGCCCUGAAAGAACGUGUCAGUGCUUGGGCCGAGCCUGGGGGUUCCGGCCACGGUAUCUUGUCAGGCUCGAAUAGUGCUGUUAGACUCUGUGUCUUUGAUGGGUUCCUGCUGUAUUCGAAAGCGCUGGGGACGGUGCAGCCGCAGAUUGACAUCAAGCUCUUCUUGAGAGUCAGCUAUGCGAAAGCCAAGGCGCGACGGGAAGCCAGGUCGGGCUAUGUCACGCUGGAGGGGUUCUGGGAGGAUCCCCCGGGGUACGUGGAUAAGAUCGUCUGGCCGAACUAUGUGGAGGAUCACGAGUGGAUGUUUGAGGGUGGGGAUGUGGAGGGCAGGCUGAGGGCGAGUGUGCUGAAGGAGAGCGGCAUUAGGAGUCAAGAGGGGGGGCCGGAUAGGGAUAUGGAAACGACGCUGAAGUGGGCGGUGGAGGUGUUAAUGGAGCAGUUGCCGGUAACUGUCAAGAGCACGUGA